UACUUCAUUCUUCUUCACCCAUCUCCCAACAUAAAACUAUUUCUCUUUUUCUACUUCAAUUCUCUCUUCCGUCUAGUAUAGUCUCUUACUGGGAUACAAAUUCUCCCUUCAAUGAAUCACUAACACCUCUCCCUUUAGCUUUCUUCCCAAGAAAAAAAAUUAAAAUAUAUAUAUAUAGAGAGAGAGAGAGAGAGAGUUUUUGCUUGGAUUCGUUUCUGCGCUGUUUUGAUCACCAAAAAUGGGAGGAGACAAGUCUCUCAGCCUUGAAGAGAUCAAGAAUGAGACUGUUGAUCUGGAGAAAAUCCCAAUCGAGGAAGUGUUCGAGCAACUGAAAUGUACUCGAGAGGGUCUGACAUCAGCCGAAGGGGCCAACAGGCUUCAAAUUUUUGGUCCCAACAAAUUGGAAGAAAAAAAGGAAAGCAAGGUACUGAAGUUCCUUGGCUUUAUGUGGAAUCCACUUUCAUGGGUUAUGGAAGCUGCAGCUAUUAUGGCAAUUGCGCUGGCAAAUGGUGAUGGGAAACCCCCAGAUUGGCAAGACUUUGUUGGUAUUGUUUGCUUGCUUGUCAUCAACUCAACCAUCAGUUUUAUUGAAGAGAACAAUGCUGGAAAUGCUGCUGCAGCUCUUAUGGCUGGACUUGCACCUAAGACCAAGGUGCUUAGAGAUGGUCGAUGGAGUGAACAAGAAGCAUCGAUUCUUGUUCCAGGAGAUAUUGUAAGUAUCAAAUUGGGAGAUAUCAUUCCUGCUGAUGCUCGUCUUCUUGAAGGUGAUGCAUUGAAGGUUGAUCAGUCUGCUCUUACGGGAGAAUCCCUCCCCGUGACCAGGGGUCCUGGUGAGGAAGUUUUCUCUGGUUCAACAUGCAAACAAGGUGAGAUUGAAGCUGUUGUCAUUGCUACCGGGGUUCAUACUUUCUUUGGAAAGGCAGCACAUCUUGUCGACAGCACCAACCAAGUGGGGCACUUCCAAAAAGUGCUCACUGCCAUUGGAAACUUCUGCAUCUGUUCCAUUGCAGUGGGUAUGCUAGCCGAGAUUAUUGUCAUGUAUCCAAUUCAGCAUAGGAAGUACAGGGACGGGAUUGACAACCUCCUUGUUCUCUUAAUCGGAGGCAUUCCCAUUGCUAUGCCCACUGUCUUGUCUGUCACGAUGGCUAUUGGAUCCCAUAGGCUAUCACAGCAGGGUGCCAUCACUAAGAGAAUGACUGCAAUUGAGGAAAUGGCCGGCAUGGAUGUUCUCUGCAGUGAUAAGACGGGGACGUUAACUCUUAACAAGUUGAGCGUGGAUAAGAACUUAAUUGAGGUGUUUGCAAAAGGUGUCGACAAAGAGCAAGUGGUCCUCUUUGCUGCCAGGGCUUCUAGAACUGAAAAUCAGGAUGCUAUUGAUGCUGCCAUGGUUGGGAUGCUUGCUGAUCCAAAGGAGGCACGAGCUGGCAUUCGGGAGGUUCAUUUCCUGCCAUUCAAUCCAGUGGACAAGAGGACUGCUUUAACUUACAUUGAUGAUCAAGGCAACUGGCAUCGGGUUAGCAAAGGUGCUCCUGAACAGAUGUUGAACCUCUGCAAUGCCAGGGAAGACCUAAGGAAAAAGGUUCAUUCUGUGAUUGAUAAGUAUGCUGAACGGGGCCUGAGGUCAUUGGCUGUAGCUAGACAGGAAGUGCCUGAGAAAUCAAAAGAGAGUCCAGGUGGCCCAUGGCAAUUUGUUGGAUUGCUACCCCUCUUUGAUCCUCCCAGACAUGAUAGUGCUGAGACUAUUCGCAGGGCUCUCAACCUUGGUGUAAAUGUGAAAAUGAUUACUGGUGAUCAACUUGCAAUUGGUAAAGAGACUGGCCGUAGACUUGGAAUGGGAACUAACAUGUACCCAUCUGCUUCUUUACUUGGUCAACACAAGGAUGCAUCUAUUGCUGCCCUUCCAGUGGAAGAAUUGAUAGAGAAGGCAGAUGGUUUUGCUGGUGUAUUUCCAGAGCACAAGUAUGAAAUAGUGAAGAAGUUGCAGGAGAGGAAGCACAUUGUUGGAAUGACUGGUGAUGGAGUAAACGAUGCUCCCGCUCUAAAGAAGGCAGAUAUUGGAAUUGCAGUUGCUGAUGCUACUGAUGCUGCGAGAAGCGCCUCUGACAUUGUGCUUACUGAACCCGGGUUAAGUGUUAUUAUCAGUGCAGUCUUGACUAGUAGGGCUAUUUUCCAGAGGAUGAAGAACUACACUAUAUAUGCGGUAUCCAUCACAAUACGUAUUGUGUUUGGCUUCAUGCUUAUUGCUUUGAUAUGGAAAUAUGACUUCUCAGCCUUUAUGGUUCUGAUCAUUGCAAUACUAAACGAUGGAACCAUUAUGACAAUCUCAAAGGAUCGAGUGAAACCAUCGCCAAUGCCUGACAGCUGGAAGCUGCAAGAAAUUUUUGCAACUGGUGUUGUUCUUGGAGGUUACCUUGCACUGAUGACUGUUGUUUUCUUCUGGAUUAUGCAUGAUACUGACUUCUUCUCUGAUAAGUUUGGAGUAAGAUCCAUUAGGCACAAUGAAGAGGAAAUGAUGGCUGCAUUAUACCUCCAAGUCAGUACUGUGAGCCAGGCUCUAAUUUUUGUUACUCGCUCCCGCAGCUGGUCUUUUGUUGAACGACCUGGACUUCUAUUGGUCGUCGCUUUUGCCAUUGCACAACUGGUUGCUACUUUGAUUGCUGUAUAUGCAAACUGGGGAUUUGCAAGAAUACAGGGAUGUGGGUGGGGAUGGGCUGGUGUGGUGUGGCUUUACAGCAUUGUUUUCUAUGUGCCACUUGACUUGAUGAAGUUUGCCAUCCGAUACAUCUUGAGUGGAAAGGCUUGGGUUAACAUGCUGGAGAACAAGACUGCCUUCACAACCAAGAAAGACUACGGCAAAGAGGAGAGGGAAGCUCAGUGGGCUCUUGCUCAAAGGACUCUUCAUGGCCUUCAACCACCCGAGGCAUCAAACGUCUUCAACGAGAAGAACAGCUACAGGGAACUAUCUGAAAUCGCGGAGCAAGCAAAGAGGCGUGCUGAGAUGGCCAGGCUUCGGGAGUUGCACACUCUUAAGGGUCAUGUUGAGUCAGUGGUGAAGCUUAAAGGGUUGGAUAUCGAAACCAUCCAGCAGCAUUACACGGUUUAAGAUCGAGUUGAAACUGGUCGUCGGCCUUUCACUGGAGCGAGCAACAACAGCCAGCUAUGAUAACUAACUCAGAAGAAUACAGAGGAGCUGAGGAGGAGUCUUGAUAGAGAGGGGUUAGAGUUAUGAUCAUCAUAAUCUUUCUGUUUGUCUGUUUUACUUUUGCCUUUCUAGUUAAUUUCAUUGCACCCAACCAAUAUAAGGUUUGGUUUUACUCUUUUGGAGAGAUGACUCUCUCAUGGAUGUAGCAGAUUUAAUUUUUUUUUCUUUUUCUUUUUCCAACUUUUAGAGGCAUCUAUCCUUCUAAAUUAAAGGACAACAGCUCCAUUACCAAUAAACACAAGAUUGGUGUAAACCAUUUACAUUUUAGUGCUCUUACUUGUCUGCA